AUGAACAGAGAUCAUCCACGGGUCCACUCCAGCCUCAACCAGCAAGCAUCAGAUGUCGACCUCCUCACAACCAACCCACGGGAAUUGGAAACUCAAAAGUGUAUUGUUAGUCGCGACAACGGGAAGUACGGAGGGUUUGGAGGAGCGGAAUCCGAAGACUUGCGCAGCGCUGGGAGUGGCUUGGCCACUUCAGCGCUACUGAGAUGGUCGAACUUGACGUUGACGUUUUCUUUGAUCUUCGGUGGUUGCUGUGCUAAUGUCUUCGCGCUCGAGGCAAUUAUCAAAGAACAGCCUAGCUCCGGUCCCCUGAUAACGCUCGCCCAAUUCCUCCUGACUGCAGUCGUCGCCGUUCCAGAUUUCAUUUCUCCGUCUGCCGGGUUUCGCUCCUUGUACCUUAGACCGCGUGCCAUCCCUCUGAGAUCCUGGGUUGUCUAUACAGCUUUCUUCAUCAGCGUCAACCUCUUAAACAACUGGGCAUUCGCGUACAAGAUAUCCGUUCCCCUACAUAUCAUCCUUAGGUCGGGAGGCCCUGUGGCGUCCAUGGUCAUAGGUUACAUAUUCAAUGCUAAGCGGUACACACGGGGUCAGAUGCUUUCUGUGCUCAUGCUUACAUUGGGCGUCGUUGCUGCCGCACUGGCAGAUGCCAGAGCGAAAGGUCGAUCAGUCAACAUUCAAGGCGCAUCGACGGUGUCAACAAUGACAGGAUUUACAGUUCUUGCUGUAGCAAUGGUCCUGUCUGCCUUCCAGGGGAUCUACGCUGAUCGACUUUACGAGGUAUAUGGCCGGAACCACUGGAAAGAGGCUCUCUUCUAUUCUCAUGUACUCUCACUGCCUCUCUUUUUGCCCACUUAUCCGCAAGUCGCCACUCAAUGGCGAGCGUUAUUCUUUUCGCAUACGUCAAAUGGAGCAGUUCUGUAUCAGAAUUCUACAACAACAAAGGGGCACUGCAGUUCACCAUGUAUAGCAUCGAUUGCCAGCAAGAUUGCCCAGCUUUCAGUACUGAAACUGGAUUCUGACCCUUUGCAAUUAAUUCUCGCAGCAAUACCAACCCGCCUGAUGUACCUUAUGUUAAAUGCACUGACUCAAUACUUGUGCAUUCGUGGGGUACAUCUUUUGUCUGCAAAAACGUCUUCGCUAACCGUCACUAUCGUUCUGAACAUUCGCAAACUCGCCUCACUCUUGUUGUCUAUAUAUAUUUUUGGAAAUUCUCUCACGCCAGGAGUCAUUGUCGGUGCCCUAUUGGUAUUUCUCGGUGGUGCCUUAUAUGGCUAUGAAGGGGCACGUGGCAGAAAAUCACAUCUGAAGAAAGAUUAA